AUGACGCUCCUCUCCGGCCCGGAUGUCUUCUUCGACAUCGAGAUCAAAGGCCGCUACGUCGGCCGCAUCGUCUGCCGCCUCUACGACGCCGACUGCCCGCUCACCGCACGCAACUUCCGCGAGCUCGCCACCGGCCAGAACGGCUUUGGCUACGCUCGCUCCCUCAUCCACCGCAUCAACCCCAACCCCCCUCUCAUCUCCGCCCCCUUCCAUCGCCCAUCCCCGUGCGCGCUCCCGUCUCGCGCCGUCGCCCUCCUCGCUCCCGCCCCGCAGUUCAUGAUCCAGGGAGGUGACAUCGUCUCAGGAAACGGUACCACUGGCCGGUCCAUCUACGGACCCACCUUUCCAGACGAGAACUUCAUCUACUCGCACGACGGUCCCGGCGUGCUCUCGAUGGCGAACCGCGGGCCCAACACGAACUCGUCCCAGCGCGCAUUUCUCGCGCGCGCAUUCAGGCUCGCGCAUUUCUCGCGCGCGCAUUGA